CGACGAAACAACAGUAUAUUCUGCGCCUCAAGUGGAAAGAAGACCGACAAGAUGGUCGACAUCGUCCCAGUCUCCUCAUAUCCUUCACACAUCUCACUGCUUCCGUCAAUACAGCAAUGCAACCUAAGCAACCUUCCAGAGAACUACUUCCUUAAAUACUACCUCUACCACGCCUUGACAUGGCCUCAACUCUCCUUCGUCGCCGUCGUUCGCGGGCCGGGCGGUAAACCAUCGGCAUAUCCAAAAGUUGUGGGCUAUGUGUUAGCAAAGAUGGAGGAAGACCCGCCCGACGGCGUUCAGCAUGGCCAUAUUACGAGUUUGUCGGUGAUGCGGACACAUAGACGGCUCGGCAUCGCAGAAAGAUUGAUGAGAAUGAGUCAAAGAGCCAUGGCAGAGGUUUUCAACGCCAACUAUGUCAGUCUGCAUGUGAGAAUGUCGAAUUCGGCCGCUCUACAUUUGUACAGAGAUACACUGGGUUUCCAAGUGGACAAGAUCGAGAGCAAAUACUACGCCGACGGAGAGGAUGCAUAUGCAAUGAGGAUGGAUCUGCGGAGUAUGCAGAUCAAGGACGUCCCUGAAGAGGAUGAAGAUGAGGGCGACGGCGUCGGCUCCUUAGGGAAGAAAGGCGAGGAUGGAGAGGCUGUGAACGGUGAGGGGGGGAAGAAGGAGAAAAUGGUCAAGGUCAAGAUUGGUCGUCAACUAGGUGUGGGUGAUCUAGUCGAGAAGAAUGAAGGCUCGACGAGCGCACAAUACUGAAGCGUUGGCGCAGUGGGAGGUGGUCAGUGAUUCGUAUGGCCUCGAAGAGCAUACCCUGUCAUGAGCGAGCAUUGCUUUGUUAUACAAAAGUGGCAUUACCAGUGCAGGACGAGAACAGACGAGCUACCAGAUGUACGUCUAUGUCUGCCAUGACAAAAAGACUCGCAAAAGAAAAAAUCAAACCAUUCUCAGAAGACUCAAUAGGGUAUACCUGAUACUCCCACAAUUGGUCUACCUUCUCGUUGCACUCUGAUAACU